AUGCUCAGCCUGUCAGUACUGAAGGUGGUGGACCCAAGCUGCUUCUUCUGCAGAACCCUGGGUGAUGGCGAGGAGUACGAGCGGCUGUUUGCCCAGCUGAAUUUCCUGUACAGCACAGCAUACAGAGAUGUGGAGGAGCUGAAGCCGGCGGCGCUGCCCGUGGGGGCGUUAUGUGUAGUUUUCAAUCAAGAAAUGAAGAGUUGGUGCCGGGCCAUCCUGGAAUCCUCCACUUGUAUGGCGCAGGAUGAGCUGGUGGAUUGUUUCCUCCUGGAUUAUGCCCUGUUCUGUCCCAUUACGAAGAAAAACAUUCGGUUCCCUGUGGAGGAAUGCCGGAAUCUCCCAUUUCGUGCAAGGAAAUUUAAGUUGCACCACAUUCAGCCAAUAUCUCUCCGCUUCAAUGUCUUCGAAAAUAAACUAGAAAUGGGACAGGUAAAAAGAUGGGACACUGCUGCAAUCGAUUACUUCAGGCAAUUGCUAAGUGUGGCCGCCAAGAUUGAAGCCCAGCUUUGCUCAGUGGAGAAUAACUGUAUGGCCGUGUACCUGUUUGUGACUACUGCAGACUCAGUGAUUUGCGUCAAUGAUGAUCUAGUGGUCAAAAAGUAUGCGUGCUAUGAGAAGGGAAAUCCCAACGACAAGAUUGAAAAUGGCAGAGUCGGUAUAUUCUCAGCACCAACUCGGCAGAAUUCAUGCAUUUCUGCUACAGAUGUGACUGAGACGAGUCCUCUCCGUGGAAGGGAGGCAGCCAUUCAUUCCAGCAGUGAUGCUGGGUCUUUACAGAGUGAAAAAGAAAAGUCAUUAAACCCUUUGAGCAAAUAUCAAAUGUCUGUAUGUGAGAAUGGACGUGCAAUGUCUCCUCCACAAGACCAGCCACAAACUUUGUCAAACUGUCCCAAAUUUAAGGUUGUGACCAGUCCUGACCCUUUGCUCCAUCCCGUCCAGAGCAAGGCAGAACCAGCGCACAGGCCUCAUACAGAAGCUCCAAUUGCUCCUACAUUUGCUGGGACGAUCAGGGAGGCAGCCAUUCAUUCCAGCAGUGAUGCUGGGUCUUUACAGAAUGAAAAAGAAAAGUCAUCAAACCCUUUGAGCAAAUAUCAAAUGUCUGUAUGUGAGAAUGGACGCGCAGUGUCUCCUCCACAAGACCAGCCACAAACUUUGUCAAACUGUCCCAAAUUUAAGGUUGUGACCAGUCUUGACCCCUUCCUCCAUCCCGUCCAGAACCAGGCAGAACCAGCGCACAGGCCUCAUACAGAAGCUCCAAUUGCUCCUACAUUUGCUGGGACGAUCAGGGAGGCAGCCAUUCAAUCCAGCAGUGAUGCUGGGUCUUUACAGAGUGAAAAAGAAAAGUCAUCAAACCCUUUGAGCAAAUAUCAAAUGUCUGUAUGUGAGAAUGGACGCGCAGUGUCUCCUCCACAAGACCAGCCACAAACUUUGUCAAACUGUGCCAAAUUUAAGGUUGUGACCAGUCCUAACCCCUUCCUCCAUCCCGUCCAGAACCAGGCAGAACCAGCGCACAGGCCUCAUACAGAAGCUCCAAUGGCUCCUACAUUUGCUGGGACGAUCAGGGAAGAAAAGCCAAAUCAGACACUAGAAGAGAUGUCACAAACAGAAUGUGAUACCGAAGUGCAAUCUAACCCUGCCCCGUUUAUGUGGCCUGCAUAUUCCAAAAGAGAUGCAAGACGUCGGCUGUCUACCGAGAUCACUGAGAAAUCCUUGACAAAAGUUGGCUCAGUUGGUGAGAAUGAGCCUAUACUAAGAAAAGAAGUUGACAAGAAGAAAGACUUGGUGAGACUUCUCCAGUUUUUAAGUCCUACACCUCGAGAGUUACUGGAAAUGGAACCUGCGAAGCCGCUGAAAAUAACAAAUCCAGAGAGCGCCAUAUUUGUGAGCAAAUGUCUAGUGCCAUGUUACACCCUGGAGGAGAUGUCCCUGUGUACCCAUAUUAAAAAGGGACUGCUCAUGUGUGGCUACGAUGGACCCAAUCAGACCGAGUCCUACUGCUGGGCGCCUAUAGCCGAGGGGUUUGAUACAAUCGUAAUCUGUCCUGAUGGAUCCAAUCCCAUAUAUUAUAUCCCUCCUCUUCUGAGUUAUCUGAACUGUGCGUCACUGCUGUACAAACUGCUGCCAGCUAAACACGGGCCCCUCGCAGUGAUUAUCUGUCCUGGAUGGAAUAAAGCCCACCUUGUGUAUAACCUGCUGCUGGACCUCAGUAAAUACACGCGGCUCCUGAGCCCCAUGCUGCUCUUGGUCGGGCUUAAAAAUGAAGAUCUUGAGAACAUAAACUUCAGAAGGCAAUGUGACGUUGUUGUCACUACCCCGCAUAGUUUGCUGAGGUGUUUGGCACAUCAUGGUCGUCUCCUCCUUCGCCUGUGUAAUCUGGUCUUUGAUGAAGUGGACGUGCUGUUCUCCAAAGCGGGAUCCGAGAUUUCUGAAAUACUUCAGAUCUAUAAGAAAAUAGUGAGCGUAGAGAACAGGGACGGCACGCCUCAGCAAAUUGUGGCUGUUGGAAGCAAAUGGACCCAUGACAUGCAGCUUGUACUGCAAUACAUGGCAACUCCACGCAUUGUGAUCACCAAGAUGGAGCAGGCAGCGGUCUUUGCCAAUGUCCAGCAGGUCAUCCAGCUUUGCCUUGACUGUGACAAAAUGUCAGUAUUGACGCACUGUUUAGACUUCACACCAGUCAAGGUGCAGAAAAUCCUCAUUUUCACCAAAAAUAAUGAAGAAGCUGAAUUAGUGCAUAAGGCCGUUCAGACCGCCUCACUGUACAGUUUAUUGCUGCAUAGUAGUCUUGUGCAUAAGUUCAGUCAUAUCUUAGAGCAGUGGAAGAGGUCGUCAGGUCUCCGAACAGUCGUGGUCCUGGUGGUCACAGAUGACUAUGUUCCUCUCCUGGAGAUCACAGACGCCACAUGCGUCAUUCAUUACAGUUUUCCUGAAAAUGUCGGCGUCUUAAAUCUCCGCCUGUUUUCUUUGCUGGAGUAUAUUCAGUGCAGCAUUGAUAAGAUAUCGAUGCAGAAAGAUGACCAUUUGAGGGCCAAAUCUGUUAUUCUGAUGACCGAGAAACACGCAAGCUUCGCAAUUGAUUUAUUGAAGAGCAUGAAGCAAGCACAGGCCGAAGUCCCGCCUGCACUCAUCGCUCAUGCUCAGGGAUUGUUACAGAGCUGGGAAAACAAGAAGCGGGAUCAGGAGCUCUGCCCUUACCUUAAAUCCUUUGGCUAUUGCAAGCAAGAUGAUGGUAUGUGUCCUCUUCGGCAUCAUAUUAACCCCUCAGUGGACUUUCAUUGUGGAGAAGCCACCAUUCCAGAGAGUGACCAGUAUAUAACGGUCGUCCCUCUCUGUAUUGUGGAUGCAGCUCGAUUCCGUGGUCGUGUAGUAACCAAAAACGAUCCAUACAAUACACUUGCUGCAGAACUCAAUGAAUAUUACAGGUCACCAAAUAAUAAAGAGCCAGUGCGCCAAGUGGAGUGCAAACAUUUGUAUGCCAUAAGUGAUGGCUCAGAUUAUUACAGGGUACAGGUUUUAUCUACAAAAACAAUGGACACCGUCUUGUUCGCACACAUUCAGUACGUCGAUGACGGGCGGACAGAUGUGAUUCCCGUCCAUACGCUAUUCCUGCUGCCAGUUGCCUUUCAGUCAGUCCCUGCACAGUUCAGGGAGUUCAUUGUGUGUAGGGUGAAACCUCUUGACAAUGAAGAUACGUGGGAUCCAAAAGUGACAAAAAUGAUUACCAAAAGUGUCAGAGGGAAGCAGCACAGAGCUAAAGUCGUUCUUCAUCUUGGAAAAACGUACUGGCUGGAUCCUAUGGUGCAGGUGACUCGAUUGUCAGAUUUGGCAUCCUGCGUAUAUGACCUUAAUGUACGGCAAGAAAUCCUAUCCACAGGACUGGGUACAGACAACCCUCAGCACAUUCUUCAACUGAAAGCUCUGCUGGAGCCCAGCAGAUCCUCACAAACGUCUGCCAAUAGGAAAGAAGAAGAUGUAGUACCCGAGAACGAUCCGGCAUAUACUUUUAACAGGAAAGAAGAAGAUGUAGUACCCGAGAACGAUCCGGCAUAUACUUUUACCAGGAAAGAAGAAGAUGUAGUACCUGAGAACGAUACGGCAUAUACUUUUACCAGGAAAGAAGGUGUAGUACCUGAGAACGAUACGGCAUAUACUUUUACCAGGAAAGGAGAAGAUGUAGUACCUGAGAACGAUACGGCAUAUACUUUUACCAGGAAAGAAGAAGAUGUAGUACCUGAGAACGAUACGGCAUAUACUUUUACCAGGAAAGAAGAAGAUGUAGUACCUGAGAACGAUCUGGCAGAUCGUUCUCCAUGUCUGAAGAAUACAGAUUCUGGCAAUGAGAAGAUUACCAGGGCUGACCUCUUGCCCCAUCCUAAUGAUGAAAGGCAAAGCUUUCCUGUGAGUGGGGACUCUGAACAUCUAAGAACUCUCCCCUCCGCAAGUUUAUUUCCAGAAGUGAAAUGGUUUGAGAAGAACGAUUCUGUGACCUUGACCGUAAAGCUGAGACAAGUGACCGAGCCCAAGUGCACCUUCUACAGCGACCGACUCGUCUUCAGUUGCUAUGCUGGAGGAAAGCACUAUGUCGCGGAUAUGGAGCUCUACAAGGAUAUCGUAGCAGACAAAUCGGAAUGCACAGUGAAGAACGGAGAAGCCGUAAUCACCGUCCAGAAGAGUAAAGCAGAAUUGUGGGACAGAGUAUUGAAGCUUAAACAUCGAAACGUGAGCUUUGAUUUUGACCGCUUUGAAGACGUGGAGGAAAUCAAGGGGAGUAAUUUAGGAUUGGACAUGCCUAAAAAGUUUUACAAUGUGAUCAGCGAAGACCUGACGUCCUCGGAAUACAGCAGCUCCGACAGUGAUUAGUCUGCGGCAGUGCGGCCACUGACGAGAACAUAACGGGGGCUCGGUAAAACCAUCUGUGAGACGGUGACUUGUGUAUAUGUCUCUCUCCCAAAGCGUGCAGUCUACCUAGUGUUUUCUAUACAAUCCACGGGUAGAGAGGCUUUACAUCCUGUCUGUGUCGUAUCCUCUGAGAAAGUUCUCUUCUGAUGAGCCAUGUACUAAUCCUUCUUAUAUCUGUUACUGGGAAAGCUGGGUGUGUCAGCUGUAUUGUCACAGAGGUUGUGAAUGGACAGAUCAUGUCGCCCCUCAGCCGUUACAUUAUCUCAACUAAUAUCACACAAGCAGUUGUGCCGAUCAUGUAAU